UGCUUUUGUUCAAACAGGUACAGUUAUGGAUACAGCUCAUUGGUGUAUAUUUGCGUGGCUAAUUAUCGUAUCUUCUGUACAUGGGUCUAAGAAAAAAGGGUAUGGUAUCGACUUACAAGCAUUCAAAUGUGGGGAUCUGGACGCUUUAACUAAUAUACGAUGGUGGUACAAUUGGGACUCCAAUUUUGGCGAUAUUGAAACAGCGAGUGGCUGUACUAUAAACGACAAAUACCUUGCCCCAUUCGUCCCCAUGAUAUGGAGUUACAAUCCAAAUUGGUCUACAUCCACAUACAGCGUUGAUGAUAGAAACGAGUUUAUUUUAGGCUUUAACGAGCCUAAUCACGUAAGCCAAGCAAACCUUUCUCCGCAGGUUGCAGCCUAUAAUUGGAACAUAAUUGAGAAUGCUGCAAAGGGUAAAAUGCUUAUCGUUAGUCCAGCCGCCGCGCCAUGUAGCGGAGGUUCGACAAACUGUAUAAGCGACACAUUUGCGUGGUUUGAUGAUUUUUUUCGCAUCCUUUGUGGCGAUCCAGUUGUGCCAUGCCGCGUUGACUACCUUGCUACCCAUCACUACUCAUGUAACGCACAGAGUACAAUGGUAUUUCUUCAACAACUUUAUGACAGAUACGGGUUGAAAAUAUGGCUUACGGAGUUUGCAUGUCCUAAUUCCUACUCCCCGCUAGAGCAACUGGAUUACAUGACGGAUUUAUUACCUUUUUUAGAGGAAGCAGAUUACGUCUACAGAUACGCCUGGUAUGUCCAUCGAAGAGCCUCACCUGAUGCAUUUAUCAGUGAACACGCCAAUCUGUUUGAAACUGGAACCUCCGUUUUGACAGACCUCGGCCAAUAUUAUAACAACUUUAAAGUUGAAGAACCAGUACCGGCUAGUGUUUGUAGGGCUAAUCGAAAGUAACAAGUCUUUGCAGAGUGUCCGGAAAAUUCGAGUAUAAUUCAUACAACAUGCACUUAUCAUCGUCGGGUGACCUAGAUUCCACGCUGUAUUUAAUUCGACACAUUUAAAUUAAAGCCCCAUAGUCUUAAAUGUCUGUAACACAUAAACAGAUUAAGAUUUUCUACUAUCAAAGUUAUUUUUCGGCAAAUAUUACGUCAAUGAGUAGAAAAUAGAAAAUCCUAUAUUUAGGAUAUAAUUUUAAGGAUCUAACCAGGGAUGCUGUUACAGACAGAAAUAUCUAGUUCGAAGUUAACUGUUUACGCCUGGAAACGAGGCUCUACCGAGUUUCUGCAAAACAGUUAACAACAUUAUUUGAAUGACGUCAUUGCUAACAUUCAAAUAAAAAUGGCUAGACACAUGUGAAUUUAUGAUGACAGUGUACGUUGAAAAGAGCUAUUGGACAUUAAACAACAGCAACAACAACAACAUGAUUUUCAGCAAUGGAAAACAUCAUAUUGAAUAAGUGUUAAAACAAGCUUACUAAUAGCAGCUAAUUCAUUAUUCAUGAGAAGUUUUUUUUAUGUCUGCGGCAUAUUUCGUACUGAUGUUAAAGCCAGAAUCGACACCAUCUAAUGUCAGCGUAUUAAAAAAAAAUAUUUUUGAAAUUAAAUGCCUAACGAACCAAAAUUUGAAUUUCACGUGCAUUUCGAUUUUUUUUUAUUUUUGUAUUGUAUUUGUAUUGUUAUAUUUUUAUACAAAUUAUCUUAGUGUGUUAUGUAUGUUUUGUACGAUAUCUAAAUUCGAUUAAUGAAUCAAUUGAUAUAAAAAGAAAUUCAAAGUGAUGCAUAUGCUUUUUUGUUAUUGACAUUAUUUCCUUUUGCUUGUAAAGAUGUGUAAUUUCAUUACAUAAGUACAUUUAUAUUCAAAUCUUACCAAAACUAUUUCAA